UUAAUUUGGCAUUUCCCAGUGCUCAGCGGGUGCACACAGAUACCUGGAGACCUUUGGUACUGUAGGAGAGUAUCGUCGUACAACGCCAGGAGCACAGGAGUGACAAGCAUUUCCCAGUUGCUGUUCUCUGUACACCGGACAAGCAAUGAUCUGUAUAUAAUGAAGACGGAUCUCCUGUUUACCACUUACUAAAGUGAGGUGGAGAGAUGAGGCGGAGAGAAGGAGACGGUACAAUGGGACAUGGCACACGGACACCAAGACAGGCCUUUGGAAUGAAGCAGCAGCAUCAUAUCUCAGAAGAAGAAGAAGGUGGUGAAGAAAACAUGGAGGGGUGUGAGCAGCCCCGAUACAUCCCAAUCCGCAGGCACUCUCGUUUUUAUACUUCAAUGAGAGGACGGAAGCAUCGAAGAGAAAGAGGAAGCAGCAGGGAAUCUAUGGAAAUACAGACUCAGAAUUCUGGGCAACAAGGACCCAGAGACCCAAGGAAUAACCUCAUAGCAGGAAAUUCUUCAACUAAAUACAGAGAAUACCUUCACAAUGAAGACUCCAGCAACCCACCUGCAGACACCCCUUCCCCACCAGAGUGCACAUCUACCAGCACAGAGGCACUGCCAGCUGUUUACCCUGCGCCUGCAGAUUCAUGGAAAACCUUAAUAGGACACGUAGAGUUCCUGUACCAGGAAUACAGAGAUAAAUCUACACAACAUGAGAUUGAAGCUCGAAGAAUUCAGGAUAAAUAUCUGCAGACUCCUAAAAUGCCAGACAGUCCCAAAACCCCAGAAGAGGGGUCAUCCCCACCCACAGAGUUUCAGAGAUCUAACUCCACAUUCAGCCGCCUACAAAACACAUGCUCUGGUUUCAACCUAUGGCAAGAUCUUCCGGAAAUAAAGAACAGCGGGGUGCUAGCUGUGUUACAACCCCAAGAAAUAAAGCUUCAAGAGGCAAUGUUUGAGCUGGUGACUUCAGAAGCAUCUUACUACAAGAGCCUGAGCCUUCUGAUUUCUCAUUUUAUGGAAAGUGAAAGACUGAAAGCCACCAUACAUCCUUCUGAAAUGCACUUCAUAUUUUCUAAUGUACUCGAGGUCCUGGCGACUAGUGAAAGGUUUCUUGUGGAUCUGGAGCAGAGAUUUGAAGAGAAUUUGGUGAUUUCUGACGUUUGUGACAUUGUAUUCAGGCAUGCAGAAAAUCACUUUGGCGUCUAUGUCACCUAUGUCUGCAACCAAACCUAUCAGGAGAGAGCGUACAGGAAGCUGCUACAAGAAAGGCCAGAAUUUCGGGAAGCAGUGGCACAUUUGGAAAAUAAUCCCAUUUGCCGAGGACUCCCAUUCUCUUCAUUCCUCAUCCUGCCUUUUCAGAGGAUCACACGGCUCAAACUCCUGGUUCAGAAUAUUCUGACUAAGGUGGAGGAGGGGUCAGAGCGAGAGACAACAGCACUACAAGCACAUCGGGAGCUGGAGAAACUGGUGCAGGCCUGUAAUGAUGGAGUCAGGAAGAUGAGUCGUACCGAGCAGCUCAUCAGCAUAGAGAAGACACUUGAAUUUAAGAUCAAGUCCGUGCCAAUCAUCUCUCACUCACGUUGGUUGUUGAAGCAGGGAGAACUGCAGCAGAUGUCUGGCCCGCGCACUUCUCGCACUCUCCGCACUAAAAAACUAUUUCGCUCUGUAUAUCUCUUUCUGUUCAAUGAUCUGCUCCUCCUGUGUAAACGUCUGCCUGGGGACCGGUAUCAGGUAUUUGAUGUGGCUACACGGGGCCUCCUGCGUGUAGAGGAGCUUGAAGACCAAGGACAGUCCCUGGCUAAUGUUUUCAUUCUGAAACUCCUGGAAAAUGCACAUGAAAGGGAAUUCACUUAUAUGUUAAAGGCCUCGUCCCAAAAUGAAAUGAAGCGCUGGAUGACUGCUCUAGUUCCAAAUCGAAGAACAAAAUUUGUUUCCAUCACCGCCAGGGUAUUUGACUGUCCGCAGAUGCAGUGCGUUCACCCUUACAUUUCCCAGGAGCCGGAUGAGCUGUCUCUCGAUCUGGCAGACCUGCUCAAUGUCCUGGACAAAACGGAUGAUGGUUGGGUGUUUGGUGAACGCUUGCAUGACCAAGAGAGGGGCUGGUUCCCCAGCACAGUGACAGAAGAAAUACUGAACAAGGACAUCCGGACACAGAACCUGAAGGAGUGCCUCAGGGUGCACAAAUCUGAUGAGGGGAGUCAGAACAAAGACCGGCGGAAGAUGGGGAGCAGGACGCGGCAGUGACCCCUGAAGAUGGCACGGGGCAGCAUGCUCGGGGAUGGGAUGGGGAAGGAGCAGUGUGUCUGUGACGCGAUGCAAAUAUUCUAUAUAAAUAUAUUGUAUAU